GUCCCCGUGCCUCGCACACACACCGACUCUCACAGGCGUGCCUUGUGGAACCCAGCUGUCCCUCGCGCAAGUUUACACCUCCUACAUACCUCUACCCAUUCUUCUCUUUAGCCAGCCACCCUUAUCCAUCACACUUGUUGUCAGCUCCUCCCAUCGACCACUUCCGCCUUAUCUUCUCGAGGCCACUUGAGUUUCCAAGGUCGCAUUCACCUCGGAGCUCCGUAUAUUGAAAGACCAUACCGAAACUCAUCGGUUGGUGAUGGUUUGAGUGGUGACGUGCAACGGUCUGCCUCUUUUCAUCGGAGAUGGGUGUCUUGCAGCUGAACGUGUUUCGGUUACUGGGUGACUUGGCCCAUAUUUCCUCGAAAUGCAUCCUCAUAUUCGCCAUUCAGCGAAACAAGAGUGCCGAAGGGGUAUCCCUUCUCACCCAGGUGCUCUAUGCCGUGGUCUUCGUUUCGCGCUACCUUGACCUGUUUCGGUCAAGUGGAUGGGCGUACGUUUACCUCGUGUUUUUCAAGUUCUUCUACAUAUUCUCCUCCUUCUAUAUCAUCUUUUUGAUGAUGAAGGUUUAUCCGCGGACACGAGAGAGGGAGCGGGCGUGGAAGCUGGCUAUCGGCUCCGUCGGCAUUUCCUUCGUUCUGGCGCCCAUCGUGAUCCCGAUCUUCCACGGACGGUUCCCCGGACAUUGGUUCACGGAGAUCUUUUGGACUUUCUCCAUCAUUCUAGAAUCCGUCUGUGUGCUGCCGCAGCUGUUACUUCUGCGCCAGACCACAGUUCCCACCGUGCUCAACUCGUAUUACCUCGUAACGUUGGGCUCCUAUCGAGCUUUCUAUAUUCUGAACUGGUUAGUCCGAGGUCUGGGAUCGGAGCAUUACUGGGAGCCCAUCGCAGACAUCUUCGGCAUCAUCCAGACUGCCUUCUAUAUCGAUUUCGCUUGGGUAUACUAUACGCGUCAACGCGUCAAGCUCCGCAACGGCAGCAUAGUCGACGCGGAAGACUUCCGAAACAGCUGGCUGGUGAGCAAAGUAUUGAACUUCCGGCAGCGCCGGAGCGUGGACGAGGAGCAGAGCCUCGGCGAUGGGGAAGAAGACAACGGGUCAUUGGAGGGAGACCGGCCCAGAAACAACCGUUGGGGUGCGCGGGGGGUUUCCAUCGCGGCCGACAACACCCUAGAUCGACAUAACGGCGAGACCGGUGAUGACCUCCAUGAUGGACAUGGGGGGUUGGAGGGAUUCGUGGAGGACGAUGAUGCUCACUGGGAGGACCACACGGACGGUUCCAAGCCUGACAGGCAUUCUCCCACUGUGGCAGGCGACCGGGGUUAAAUUUACAUCCCGGGUGAUCACGACCUCCAAUCUUACUACCUUUUGAGAGAAAUUUGGCUGCAAUUUAAGAGUUGGUCACCGUCAGUCGCGAUGUAGUAUAUGAUCGACCCUUACGUCUCCCCUUUUUUCCCCCUUUUGUUCGUUUAUCUUAUCUUAUUAGAUGAUGUCAGUUCUAAAAUAGUGCGGCGCAGCAUAGAAGCAUACCAUACCCCAAAGGACCAUCCAUCCAUCCCCUAGCCAGCCCUGCGGCACAGUCAUCUCGUUAACUUGAAAAAGAAAACCCCAUACCUCGC